AUGUAUGCAGCUGCCCGCGGUACGCCCCGCGUCUGUUGCUUUUGGCUCAAGCCAUUUGGAUCGCGCUGGCCCGAGCGCUGGUCUUGCCGUUGCGCGACGUUGCCGCCCGAGCCUCGCUGCGAGCUGAGCAGGCUUUGGCAGCCUCUCCCCAUGGUGCCCACGCAGUUGCAGGCCCUCGUCGUUGCACUCUUAGCUGACGUCCUGGCGCAGGUGUGCGGCAGCCAGCCUUGGGCCUCCUCGAACGACAGCGUCGACCUGUGCGCACACGGUCAGGAGCUGUGCGGCAUCCGGAGCCACAGCGGCCUCGUCCCUGUCCCGCGCGGUGGCUCUCUGUUCUACUGGUAUUUCGUCCCGCCGAGCAGGAACAGCUCCGCGCCGCUGGUGCUCUUCCUGCAGGGUGGCCCUGGGGCCCCGUCCAUGUUCAGCGUGCUCUGGGAGAUGGGGCCGGUGACGCUGGACGGGCGCGCUUCGCUCCUGCGGCGCCCCUCCGCGGAAACCUGGGCCUCGGAGUUCCCGCUGCUCUUCGUGGACUCCCCCGUCGGCACUGGCUGGUCCUCGGCGAGCGGGCCCGCGGGCCUCGCCACCAGCCAGGCCGAGGUCGCGGGCGACCUGGUCGCCUUCCUGGACGCGUUCGCCGCGCUCCACCCUGAGGCGCCGACG